AUUUAGUAUCUGAUAUGUAACGACUUUAAUUAAAUGUACCAUAAUGGAUUAUUAAUUCGGAUACCAUGAAAACUUGACAAAUUAUUUGUAAAAUACCAACGAAAAUAAGGUUCAUCAACAAAAGGAAAUUAAUUGUUUAACAGGAAAGAUGAGUCGAAAUCCAUGCGCAGUCGGUCUUACAAAGACCGAGCUGCUUCGUCAAGCAAAAACUGCCGCGGCAUUGAAAGACUAUGAUAAAAAACGUGAAGAAACAGCACGCCAUCAAGCAGAUCCAUUCAGUAGAAGACGUAGAGUAGUAAGGCCUGAACCAAAAAAGGUGGAUUUCAGAAAACCAGGAAUGACUAAAGCAAUGAUGGCAAGAGUAAAACAAGCAGAGAAAUUUAAACAAGAAUAUGAGCGCAAACAAGAAACGAUAGCUGCUGCUCGAAAACCUAAGCGAACGCCCGCACCGAUAGGAGGUGAUGCCAGGAUGGGUAGAGAAAGAGUAACAGAUAGAGAAAGAAGACGUAGCCCGUGUGGAUCUAGACCUACAACUCCUAGAGCUACAUCCCCAGCUAGAAGAGAAUUUGAACCUGGACCUGGACCUAGCCGCUUACCCACUUUUAAAAGACAGCCUCCUUUUUUAAGACCUGGAAGUAGUGAACCAACUGUAACUAGAAAAACUAAUGAAUUAGCUAGAAUGAUGAAUGCUGAUAUAGUUCAGGCUGAUCCAAUUGGUGAAGGACCAAUCAAUAACAUUGUGAUACCUCCUGGAAUUGUAAGUGAUAAUCGUACCACCAUUAUCAGCAUACAACAACCAAGCGCAGAUAUUGAAGCAAACUCACAAUUAGCGAAUCGCUCGAUUCAAGUGAUAAGCGAUACUCUUGACGAACAAGAUGCUGUAGAAACUUCGGCGGUACAAGGUAGAUUAACGGAAUUGCAGCAAGCUAGGAGAGAUUUUGUUAUGGCUGUGGCAAAUGUUGGUGCUAAUGCUGUUAAUAUCGAAGAAGAAAGUCCUCCUCCUUCCCUCCUUUCACCUGGUAUCUCUGAAACUCCCCAGAGACACUUACUGAAGGUACCUGAUUUAGAGGAUGAAUUUCUUCAGCCUGAAUAUACUAGAGAACAUCCAGAUGUUGUAGCUGCGCGUGAAUUCAUGGAACAAAGAGAUGCAGCUAGAAGAAUAGAGGAUGAAUUUGAGAGAAUAGCAGCUCAAGAACAAAUGGCUGAUGAUUUACAAUUAGAUGUUCCUUUCGAGGAAGAACUUUACCAAGAAAGAGAUAUAUCUUGGGAAGAGGAUGAAAGUGGAAUGGCUAUUCCUCGUCCAUCUAGAGUGAAAGCUUAUAUACCUUCUGUCCCUACACAAGCAAGACCAUAUCAGUACGAGCCAUUUAAUCCAGAAAAUUUAGAAAGAUUCUUUGAUCUUCAACGUCACCCACCGUGUCCUCAAUAUGGACCACCAGUUGGUAGAGAGCAAUUAAAUCCAGAUUUAUGGGAAUUGGAAGAUCCAUGGUAUAGACCCCCUCCAGAGCCUGAAGGACCAGAUCUAAUGGAAUUUGAUCUAAUGGAUUUUGAUUAAUUAAACAUUCAUCUUCCCUGUCUUAUGUCAU